GCGUCAGUCAGGAGGGGAAAAGCCGGACUCCCUGAACCCAAGUAACCUACUCCCUGCCCAGAUUGGACCCAGGCCUGCGCCGCUGCCACAGGGUCUGGCCGGGAAGAUUCAGGAGAGGCAGGAGAGCGGUAGUUAUUGACGCGCCCGCUAGGUGGCGCCGCUGCCCCACACCGCUGCGGGAAGCGUGCUCUGGUACUGGGGGCUUGGUGCUGAGUAAAAAUAAAUUCUAUUUUGAAUCCACGGACUUUUCCACAAACUGGAAGUACAGAUGACUCAUCCUGAGAGCAUGCACCCUUCCCGACAUGCCAAAAUUUGUAUUUCGUUUGGUUAUUUUCUCAGCCCCGUUGCAGGGUGUGCCUUUGCAAAGACUCCGAGUUAAGCAAAGUGAAGCGAUGGCUAGAUUUUCUUUUUUAAAAAAAAAUUUUUUAAAAGGCAUCAUUCCUCCCAGUAUUCGAGAUCUAAUCAUUUUCCACUCAGGAUCCUUCCUCAGUCCUCUUGUAACUUCUACUCCUCGAGGAAUGGGAGGGCUGGAGGUGACGGUCCCUGCUGUGAUUGGACCCCCUCAGACCCAACCUCCCGCCCAGGAGUGACCAGUAAUUGUCGGGCUUUUGCUUCCUUGGCAAAAUGAACUUGGUUCUUCAAAGAGCUGUAAAUGUUGAUAAAAGAGAAAAGAAGCCGAGAAAACAUAGCGGGGACCAUGAGAACCUGAUGAACGUGCCUUCGGACAAGGAGAUGCUCAGCCGGUCCGUCACGAGCCUGACCACGGAUGCUCCUGCCAGCAGUGAACAGAACGGCGCUCUCACCAACGGCGACAUUCUCUCAGAAGACAGUACCGUGACCUGCAUGCAGCCUUACGAGGAGGUGCAGACCUCGGCGUCCGACCUGCUGGACUCCCAGGACAGCACGGGAAAGCCAAAAUGUCCUCAGAGCAGGGAGCUGCCCAGAAUCCCUCCUGACAGUGAGGUGGACACGAUGGCCAGCGCGAGAAGCGUGGACGGGGAGCCGGGGGUGGGGACGGAAGGGCCGUAUGAAGUGCUCAAGGACAGUGCCUCCCAGGAAAACAUCGUGGAGGACUGUUUGUACGAAACCGUGAAGGAAAUUAAGGAGGUGGCUGUAGCUGCACCCCCGGGCAAGGGUCCCAGCAGCCGGGCCAAGUGCCCUCCGGCUUCGAAAGGGCUUCCGGGGCCCCAAGCCGAGGGCACAGCCGACUUUGCUGAAUACGCCUCCGUGGACAGAAACAAGAAAGGGCUGCAAAGUAUGAGCGUACAGAGUAUCCUUGGACAUCCUCGGGACCCUGACGAGGAGGCCCCGCCCCCUGUGCCCGUUAAACUUCUGGAUGAGAAUGAAAACCUGCAGGAGAAGGAAGAGAAGAAGACAGGAGAAGGCAGCGUGCCGGAGGGGACCAGUGAAACCAACAAGAGAUUUAGUUCACUGUCUUACAAGUCCCGGGAAGAAGACCCAAAUCUCACAGAAGAAGAGAUCUCGGCCAUGUAUUCGUCCGUAAAUAAACCUGGACAGUCCGGGAAUAAAUCAGGACAGUCGCUGAAAGUGCCAGAGUCCAGCUCCACCUCAAGCCCAGGAGCUGCUCAGAGGUCCCCCUCUUCCUGUAGUGACCUCUAUGCCACUGUUAAGGACUUUGAGAAAACCCCCAACAGCGUCAGCCCGUUUCCACUGGCGGGGAGACCCCGGGAGGAGCUGGAGCCUGAUUAUGAAGCAAUACAGGCUCUGAACAGAGAGGAAGAAAAGGUCCCCCUGGAAACCAAUGGCCACCAUGGCCCUUUCCUAAAGGAGAACGACUACGAGAGCAUCGGGGACUUGCAGCAGUGCAGAGAUGUCACCAGGCUCUAGCAGCCCAGAAGACAGCCCCAGACAGCCCAGGACCAGCUGGCCGGGACAUCUCUUUCAUGGAAGAGAAGAAGCGGUAUUUCCUACACUUUUCAUGCUGCUUCCGUGAACUGAAGACAACGGAGAUGCUGGAACCAUGUCUCAGUCUCGGGGACUGUGAGGUACGUAGCUGGCUGUGUCCCAGGGUGGCCUGCCGGCCGGGCACUGCCACGCCCAAGCCCAUCAGCCCACGCCCCGUGCCCUGGGACAGGUCCCGGUGUCAGUGGGAGAACCACUCCCGCCAAGACGGCCCCAUCUGCCUAAACCACUGCCAUUCAGAGGAGCCAGGUCGCCUUCCUUUCUUCUGCUGUGGCCGUCUGCUAUUGCCCCUUGAAACCUUCCGAAUUCUGACGGUUCAGUCCAAGGCAGUUCUCCCACAAGGCCUCACCUUGGCCAGCCACGGAGAUGUUUGAAGAUGGUAAGAAACCCCGGCUGCUGGUACCGUCAACUCACCGGAUCGUCUCCUGGGGCGCCUCCUGAGUGUCUGAUUUAGGGACUCCACGUCAGCCGCUUCCCCCAAAGUACCUGAAGUCAUUUGUAGAUGUUUUCAUUUUAUUUUUGUAGUCAAAACAUGACCUCCCUCCCCCGCUGGUAUUUGAAACUCUUCAGAACCUGUGCAGUAUUUUCCACGAACGCUGUGGUACCUCUAUACUUGUUUUAGCCCAGAUCUCAUUCCUCCAGAAGAGAGAGCCUUAAUCUCUAUGCUGGGACGCAGACCACAUAUCUGGACGGCAGCCGUGGCAUCGUCCCUGAAGGGCUGUGGACUGGAAUGUGUGCUUCUGACGAUUCUGCGGCCACACCAGCAGUGUGGGUUUCUUAAGUUAACUGCUGCCCUAAGGUAAUCUAUCUGAGAUUAAAAUGUAAACAUUUAUUUUUCUUAUAUAAAUUUAUAAGAUGUUUUAUGUUUAACGCCUAAUUUCUUGAAAGUGCCAGGAAAAAAAAUGUAUAUUAACUAUUUUGAUUUUAUGUACACUGAUUUAUAUUCUCACUUUGAAAAGACACCAUAAAGCACAUAAGCUUAGGUAGUUAUAAGUCGUUAUCAUUUUUCCAACCAAGUGUUUAAAACAUGGAAGGUUUUUGAAGACUCAGCUCUUCAAAUGGUACUUGGAGCUCUUAGCAUCAGCUGGCUCACUGGAAAAAUAAGUGGAAUAAUCCAAAUGAUCAUUUUCAGUGGUUUGUGGUGGGCAAUGUUGAAAAAUUUGAAAAGGUGAGAAUGGAAAGAAGAACAAAACCUGCCUAAGGAUGACUGUGAAUUAUGAACCUCAUGAAGAUACAACACCUAAAGUUUAGUUACACUUUUAAGGAAACGGUGAUGGGUUCUUCAGUCCCAGUGCUUGCAAAUGCAAAUUAUCUGUUGAGAUUUUUUUUCCCCUUUCAUUUUACAAAAAUCAGUAUUUGGAAUAACUCAGACAGAGAAAUCAGCUUGGUUUGGAUUUGAGCAUCUCCUUAGAUUUUAUGAGGCCAACUCUGGAAACUUGUUCACUUUUCAUUUUGAAACAAACCUGGUUGAAGGGUUGUAUUAUGCAGUGUGGGUUAUAGAAAGAGAGCUACCCUGUACUGUUAAAGAGAGAGAGAGAAGCAAUUAUUCUCGACCGCUGUGACAGCUGGGACUUUCCAGGUGGGCUACUCUGGCUGUUUUCACUCUUGAUGACAAAGAAUGCAAUUGGGAGGAUGAGGCGUCUUACAAAUUGGAGGGACCGUCUCCCUGGCAUGUGUUUCCCAUCCCUUGUGUUCAUGGCUUGAUUUUGUGACCACUCUAUAAUACGUUUCUGAAGCUUUAAAGUGAGCCCUGUUGGGUCAUCUGGUUGGUUGUCACUAUUUUCCAAUCAGCCUGCUCUCCCACGUGAAAUCUUCGCUGGCAGGAGGAGUCACCAGUGAUUAGAAGAUAAUGGCAGAAAACCUUCGGGUCGGGGACUUGAUGGGGAAGGUCCAAGGGCCUUGCGCUCUGAAUCCAUAGCCUUCACGUUUCGCCUGGCGGUUUUCACAAGUUUGACCCAACAGUCUCUCCGUCCUGGGGUUCCUUUAGCGUAUGGUGACAUAGCCAUGUCACAUUGCACACUUGGCUUUGUGCACACUGCAGUAACGUCUCUUGGGAGCACCCAACGGCUCAAACGUUUAUUGUAGUUCAUGACGUCUUACUCAUUGCCAGGGAAGUAGGUGUCAUCUCCAAAGCGUAACACCAGUUCUAGAGAGAGCAGCUCUUUACAGACAGCCAUAUCCUCCUGAAAUUUCAUUAGCAGAAUUUCCCCCAGAAGAAGUUUUGAAAUAAAGGCUAUGCCCUAUAGCCAUAAAAAUGCACUGAAUCGUCUCUCUUGAUCUGAGAACCCGUGCUAAAAAUAAGCCAGGCUAUAAAGUCUGAUAAGUGUACUUAAAAAGGAACUGUAAGCCUUCCAGCACAGAUCCUAAAAGAGUAACAGCACAGCCCCGGAGGGUGGGGGAGGGAGAGUAAACGUCAGGAGACGCUUCUGCCUUUGAGACCCCUGGCACCUUGGUGAAGUAUACUUAUUGACGUAUCAUCUGUUUUGACCUUAUAUAGGACAGUAUUUCAUAAAUGUCGUCCCUUCUACUUUAUUUGCUGAAAAUCUGUGCUGCAACUUUUGAAUUGCACAGAAGCCUAUGGCUUCUUUCUAAAAAAAAAAAAAAAAAAAAAAAACUGUUUCAUCUUCAGCUAAAUGCUACAGACUUUAAAUGUACGGAAGGUGAUUAUCAAAAAGAAGGAAUUUACUGUAUCUUUAAAAUUCAACUUUGACAUCCGUAUUAUAUCAUUCAAUAAUAAUAACCUAGGUUAUGUGAAAUUAUACAAAAAGACAAACACGUUUUAGGAAAUAUUUUUUUGUGUUAUAAAUCAGAAUUAUAAACCUACCUUGCCUAAAAAUAUGAUCUUUGUUUUUAUUCAGAAAUUUGGAAAGUGUAGAAGAAUUUUUUCUGCUGCUUUUGCUUUUUCUCCAAUAUCGUCAGCAGGAAAGCAUAGCCUGUUUUAUGUGAAAUGUUUGAGGAAAUUUUAAAUUUUAGAAGAAAGUCAUAUUGGUAGAUAUAUUUUCCACAUAUAUUUUUUUCCUGCCCUGCACGAAAUUACAUCAUUAGUUCUAAUAAAGCUUUUGAAGGUAUUGCUCUCCUUUGUGGGAAAAAAAGCUUAAUUACUGAUUUAUCUGCCCUCAAAAUCUGAGUUAAUUCUAACUGAGUGCUAAUGCACAAUAUGUAGCCAACACAAAGGACUAAAAUUUAACCUCAGUAUGUCACUAUAUCUGUUUCUCAUUUUUCUAAUUACAGCAUUUACUCACUUUAACCAGUAAUAAGUUACAUAUAUAUGAGAUGUGUAUAUACACACAUAUAUACAUAUAUACACAUGUAUAUAUUUAAAGAGUUGUUCUGGUGCUUCAUUAAUUAGGAUACAUCCUGUCAUGUGUAUCGAAUGUUUAGCCAACUAGUCUAAAGACUGUUGUCAUAAGAGCAGGAUCAAAGAAACAAUUCUCCCAUAGUUUUCACUCGGUAAUCACAGCAAAACCUUCUUCGGUUGCCCUCAUUUAAUUUUUCUAAUGAAUCAGUUCAGAUGCUAAAUUAUGUCCAUAGUUCUGUUAGUUGAAGAACAGGGGUGUUUCAGAUUGUUUCAUCAUACAUGUGACUCACUAUAUAUUCACCCUGAUGGGAGGAAAUGAAAACAGGUGUUCUCAGCUAGGUGAUGCAGAAGCCACAGGGGCUGAGCAACCAGGUGGGGGCCACAGCGAGGUGACCCCCCCAGAAUCCACAGGGCUGUCAGUUCUAGACUGACUUAGGACUCUGUUAAACAAGCAAAUGAUAUUUGUUUCAGCACUCCCUGUAAUCACUUCUAUGACUCUGUGUGAUCCAGUGACGCCGUUCUUCCGACACUGUGGAUUCCUGGUACCCGACCAGCUUCUCUUUGGCUGCUGGACGCGUAGUAGGUUCUGAUGGUUAUUUCCUGGAAAUCUUGACAGGCUUAUUGUACCGUGUAACUGGGGAAAGUUAAAGUGUAAUGUUUAGUGUUAAUAAGUGACUGAUGUGAAAAUAGGAACGUGUGUCUCUAAUAUGGAAUAUGGCUUUAUUUGCAGUGAAAUCUGAAUUCCUUGUCCUGUGGUCGUAUGUUCUUGCUCUGUGUUGUACCUUUUGUUCAGUGCAUUCUUGUUGACAGUAGACAAGUUGUACACACUUAGACAGCGGUCUGACUUACAGAGAUCAUUCCAGAAACCAUGAUACAUUCAAGUUUUCAUCUGGAAUUACCAGAGUAAAGUGAAUAAAAUCAUGGUCCAGAAGAGAACAAACAUUCAUAAGUGCUUGUUUUUCUACUGCUCAUUCUUAAGUCUGUGUUUACAGCCAGCCUCGAUUAUACCGGGGGUGCCCAAAAAAUGUCUACAAGUGGACACUUUGGUCCAAGUUGCUCAAGCAGUAGUUUGCCGUCAUCAGAAGUGUCUGGACGCUGAUGGGAACCACUUUGAGCACCUCUUGUAA